CGGUGAGGUGCAGUGCUCGUGACGGCACCGCUGAAGUUCGGAUGUUCACGGAUGAUGUUGGCAUGAACUGAAUACAGAGAACAAGAACAUCAGACGAACACCAGCCAAUCAGAUCCUUCGUGUUAGGUGGCAUCAAACUCCCCGUCCAAUCGCAGAGCAGAGUUGCUGGAGUGUGAAGCGCAUCACCAUCACCAGCGGCAGUUUGCGCACAGUUACGCGCGUCUCAGAGGCUUCGCAUUUGGAUAUCGCUGCUCUAAAACGGCGUUGUUUUAGUUCGUUUGCACACCAGCACUGAAUUUACACCCAUCCACAGCAGCAGCGGUUCGGAAUCGCCCGUGAUCAUCAUCAUGACUGACUCGGAUGUUAAAGCUCCAUUAAUGCGCUCGGAACCAGAGACAGUGGAGGACGUGUUUGAUAACACUUAUAAAGAGAAAGAAGGCCCAAAACCACCCGUCGUCAUAGUGUGGAGAAAUGUCAUUCUCAUGAGUUUCUUGCAUGUCGGCGCUUUGUAUGGACUCUCCCUGAUACCAGUUGCAUGCACACUCACACUGGUGUGGUCGGUCUUCUGCUCCGUGUACAGUGCUUUGGGCAUCACCGCGGGCGCUCACAGGUUGUGGAGUCACAGAUCAUACAAAGCGUCUUUACCUCUGCGGAUCUUUCUCGCUAUCGGCAACACUAUGGCCUUCCAGAAUGACAUCUAUGAAUGGACACGUGAUCAUCGCGUUCACCACAAAUACUCUGAGACGGACGCCGACCCUCACAAUGCCGUGAGAGGUUUUUUCUUCGCUCACAUUGGCUGGCUGCUGGUUCGCAAACAUCCUGACGUCAUCGAGAAGGGACGCAAGCUGGAGCUCAGUGACCUGAGGGCUGAUCAAGUCGUCAUGUUUCAGAGGAGGUACUACAAGCUGUUGGUGCCAUUGGCGUGUUUCUUCUUCCCCAUGUUUGUGCCGUGGUAUAUGUGGGGGGAGUCGCUGUGGGUGGCGUAUUUCAUACCUGCCAUUCUCAGGUACACGAUGGUGUUGAACGCCACCUGGCUGGUGAACAGCGCUGCACAUAUGUGGGGCAACCGACCCUACGACAGCAACAUUAACCCCAGGGAGAACAGCUUCGUCACCUUCAGUGCAAUAGGCGAAGGCUAUCAUAACUACCACCACACCUUUCCGUACGACUACGCCUCCAGUGAGUUCGGGUGGAGACUCAACCUGACCACCUGCUUCAUCGACUUCAUGUGUUUUCUGGGUCUGGCCAGAGACCGCAAGCGCGUGUCCAAAGAGCUGGUGCUCGCCCGCGUCCAGCGCACCGGAGACGGCAGUCACAGAAGUGGCUAAGCCCUCGCUUCACGUCCCGAAAAACUGCAGACAAGAAAACCGGAGGACGAUCAGCCCUUCCUUAGAUGGGAGUUUCAACAACGUUGAAGCUUCUGCUCUACAUUCAUCCUCUGAUGUCAGACGACGACAAACUUUUUUUUUUGUUCUUCCCCCAGUCUAGUCUGUGAAGCUUUCGUACAGGUGUUCGACCUGUUUGUGUAGCACUAAUUCUUAUUUGUUUUCGGCUUCUUCUCUACUUUAAUUCUAAAUAGAUGUGACGCCCGCGUCUUGAGCUCUUGCAGCUGAUGUGCCUCAAUGCAGCAGAUAAACACGGCUCCCAGAAACAGGCCGACGACCCGGUGACCCUCCGGGGGCCUUUAUGUGUGCGACAUCUUACAGAUCUAGCUGUGCAAUUUGGGAGAAAUUAAAUAGAUUUACUCUUUAACUGCUGCAGCACCCUAGUGUAGUUGUACUAAACUAAAGUAAGCCAGAUGUGUAUUAUUGUCAUGCAUAUGGUGGCAUCUUACCAGAUCUAGCUGUGCAAUUGGGAGGAAAUUCAACAUUUAAUUUUGGGGUUUUUGUUGUUAGCAUACUUGCACAAUUUGCUCAUUCUGUAGAGCUUUGGAGAAAUCGUUGAGUUGAAGAAGUAGGUAAAUUACAAUGUUCUUGAGCAGCACAUAAUUUGUGUUUUGAUUGCUGCCGGUGCUCAAACAGAAAAUACAAUUCUGUGUUACCAGUAUAGGUCGGGAUUAAUUUAUUGACCAAUUCACCGAGAGAAAUGUUAAGCACGAUUCAUUUGUUAACCAUAAAUUACAUUUUCUGAUAACACUGAAGACUACGGAGAAUUCUGGAAGGUAUGUCUCAUUCUUUGUCGUUGUUUUGAUUGGGAGAGGUUCAAAGGAAUUGAACAUGACGAUUCUUGAAAUCUCAGUACUAUAAAAUUAACUGGUUGCUAUUUUUAUUGUAAUGAAUUGUGCAACAAAGGCUUUUUUGUUGUUGAGUUUUUGAGUCUAUAUUUGUUACUACUUUUCAUCUAAUUAAUAUGUCUGGACUUCAACGUUGUUGUAAGCAUGUUCUAUUAAAAACUCUCUUUUCUGAUGCCAAUAAUAAAGACGAACUGACUGGCAGUAAUGAUAAAAAUAUCGGCUCUGCUGGUAUUAUUGUCAUGGAUAAGUGUGUUAUUAUGAUGCCAAAAAUGAUUGUUUUGCAUGUCGAAUGUGUGAACUCUUGAGCUUUUUGCUCUGCUUCACCUAUUCAAAUCAUGUAUUUGCAGAGACAUUGAUAUUUUGCCAAUUCACUUGACAAGUUGUUUGGUAGCUAAGAAUGAUUUGGAUUGUAGUUCCUAAAAACAGGAACUUUUAUAUUGAGCGUUUGAGUCCAGACAGCAACAAUGUCUCCGCCUUGUUUUCACUAUGACUCGGAGGCGCCAAGAAGCGGUUGUCAGAUCUUUCAUGCUGUAGGAGGCCGUUUAAUGAAGCGAAGCCUUCAGUUAGUAAAACUAACGUGAUGUUCAUGUCUGUGAUAACAGCCUGUUAUAGUGAAUAAACUCUUGCUUCAUAUUCGAUAUCUCGAAAUAAAGUCUUAAGCAAAGAG